AUGAUUACAGUGAAAGGUAAAGACCCAAUGAUGAUAGCCAACAAUUUGAAGCCUUACAAGCCGACGCAUCCGGGCGAGGUAUUGAAGGACGAACUGGAGUUUCGCGGCAUUUCCCAGCGUGGACUGGCGAAGAAAAUGGGUAUCUCGUAUUCAGCAUUAAACGAGGUGCUGAACGGCAAGCGCGCGCUCAACCCUGAGUUGGCAAUGAUGAUGGAGGCUGCAUUGGAUGUUGAUGCUGCUCCGCUUUUGGCCAUGCAGAACGAAUAUGACAUGCUGAUGGCCGAGCGCAACGAGUCGUUUAUGGAGAAAAUAAAACAUAUUCGCCGUAUCGCUGCUGUUUUUUAA